AUGGCGAGGAGGUUGGUUGGUGAUGGGAAGGGGGGUGGUGGUGAUGGGGUUAGGAAGGGGGAGGGGAUGAAGGGGAUGAGGGUGUUGGUGAAUGGGGCGAGUGGCGGGGUGGGGUCGGUGUUGGUGCAGAUUUGUAAGGGGAUGGGCGCUGAGGUGGUGGGUGUUUGUUCGGGGGCAAGUGAGGGUUUGGUGAAAGGGCUGGGGGUCGAUGAGGUGGUCGAUUACCGGGUGCAUAACCCCCUCGAGGCGCACCUCGCUGAGAGGUUUGGAGAGCAACAGUUCGACGCGGUGCUGGAUUGCGUUGGCAGCCAGUCCCUGUAUAUGAACUCGCCAAGAUAUCUCAAGCCAGAGGGCAAGUUCAUCAACAUCGUGGGCGGCUGGUCGCAGGGCGUGGUGCCGUUCAUCAGAAACAAGCUGAGGCCGUGCCUCCUGGGCGGAACCCCGCGGAGCUACGACCUCUUCCUCCUCAGUGCGUCCGGCGAAACGGCCAGGGAGGCGGCGGCAUUUGUUGAGCAGGGAAUUAUCAAGCAAGCCGUCAUUGACUCGGUGUUCCCUAUGGAGGAGGCGAUUGAGAUAACCAAAGACGAACUCGGCUAUGGCAAGGCUUCGGUCAGAGCUAACUACAAUUGGUUUAUCACGCUGAGCGCGGGGAUAGUAGUGUUGGUGGAAGGACAUUAA